AUGGCCAAGGUGAGUGGUUUCGUCCAACAAAAUAACAAUAUUACUAUAGAUUGGGGAGCCAAGUUUUAGAAAUUUAAAUAUUGUUGUAGCCUUUGGGGGUUAAUUGUAUAUUACUAUAGAUCGGGGAGCCAAGUUUUAAAAAUGUUGAUAUUAUUGUAGUUUUUGGGGGUGAACUUUUGAGGGGUUUGGGAGCUAACUAUACUACUAUAAUAUACAUUUUUAAAGUUAGGUUUAUGUUGGGGCUUAUGUUAUUAUAGGUAUUUUUUCAAUUUUGAAUCAAAACUAACUCAUUUUAGGAGCUAAAAAACAUUUCGGAGAUAGAACUCUGUCAACAGAUGAAACUACUCGAUGUAGACCACAAGAUCAACAAGGACACGUUACGAAAAGCCUUCCAACAAAAGAUCCGCCUACAUCACACGGACAAGGGUGGUGAUGCGGAUGUGGCCAAGUCUGUCACGCUAGCCUAUCGACUUCUCUGCGCAGCGUUGGAGACCGGCCGUAGACUGCCACGACGCCAUACCUCGGCCGAUUUGAGGCCUGAAAUGAACAAUAAUCAAAGCGCGAAGACGACGACGACAAAUACGGCUACUACCGAUCCAUCAAAGACACAGCCGGCUCAACGACGACGACGAGCAUAUCCAUUCUAUGCUUUCGAGGAUCACAUGAGUAACAGCUUCAACUUUUUCAUGGAUGAGUAGGUUUUUUGGGGUUUUAAUUGGUCAAAAAGUAGAUGGAGAUUUUAAAAAAAAAUUUUUUGUGGCAAAAAGCAAAAAAUGAUUAUUUUUGAAUUUUCCGCCAUUUUGGCAUAGUGUUUUAAGGGAUUUUUUAAUACAACCUACUAUUAUAAUUUUAGCAUUAGUGAGCAUGUCAAAUUUGAAGUCACAGUUAUGAUUUUUAAAACACAAAUUUUUCAAAUUUCCCGCCGUUUUUGGCAUUGUGUUCAAACGGUUACUAUUUGACUGAAACUUGGCUUAAGUUUGUAAUAAGUACCAUAGAUGGUAAUUAUUAAAAAUUUCGGCUUUGAACUUGUUUGAUAUACAAAUUUACUGUCCAGAAUGAACGACAACCUCUUUUCCUCCCAAUACUACGACGUGAACUUGAGUCGUAUCUUUGACGACGUGAUACCACGCUUCUCACAACGGUUUGGAAACUACCGCGGGUUCUUUUAA